AUGGAACCUUCACGAUCACCUUCACCUCAGUUUGCUCCACAAAAGCUUACGGAUAAACCUCCACUCAUGGUUCAGGAUGAAAAUCUGGCCAGGAUUGAACGAGUGAUAGACAACACUACAGUAAAGAUGGUUCCCAUCAAGAUUGUUCAUUCUGAAAGUCAUGCAGAGAAGGAAAGUAGGAAUAACUUGCUGAGUGCCAUUGAGCCUUCUGCCUUACACGCUGCUGUUGGAAAAGAUCAGCUCAAGACUCUCAGCAUCUCUGAACAAUCUUACUCUCGCUUUUGUGCUUACACAAGGCAAGGGCCAGAUCCAGAAGAACAGUUCAAACUAACAGAAAGUCAACCAGAUCUGGAACCCUCUGAAAACAUAAAAGAAGGAGCAGGCUCUUCUCUACUAAGUAGUAACUCCAAGAGCAAGGAUUUGAUUUAUGCAGACUUAAAAUCAGAAGAGCUGGUAAGAGAAAUAGUAGGUAAAGACAAGUCUCUUGCAGACAUUUUAGAUCCUAACACCAAAAUGAUGACCACAAUGGACCUCAUGGAAGGAAUAUUUACAAAGGAUGAAAAUCUCCUAGAAGAAGCCCAACAACGCAGAAAGCUGCAUCCAAAAGUUCCUUCUCCAAGACCUCCAGAUGAAAAAAAAGAAGACCAGAAUAUGGCUGCAGCAAUCUCUUUGACGACCAGUUCUACAUACUACAGCACCUCCGCACCAAAAGCCGAGCUUCUCAUUAAAAUGAAAGAUAUGCAAGAGCAGCAGCCCAUUGAGGAGAGUUCUGAGGAAGAGCUGGACCACAACUUAUAUGAAAAAAAGCAAGAACUUAUAGACAGUAUAAGCAGGAAGCUGCAAGUCCUGCGGGAUGCUCGGGAAACCCUCUUGGAGGAUAUCCAGUGUAACAAUGCUUUAGGCGAGGAGGUUGAGGUCAUCGUCAAAGAGGUCUGUAAACCAAAUGAGUUUGACAAGUUUCGGAUGUUCAUUGGGGAUCUGGAGAAAAUCGUCAACCUUCUACUAUCUCUAUCUGGAAGGCUUGCUAGAGUGGAAAAUGCCCUAAAUAACCUGGAUGCAACUGCCUCGCAAGAAGAACGGCGGACGCUGGUUGAGAAGAGGAAGCUGCUGACAAGACAACAUGAAGAUGCAAAGGAACUGAAAGAGAAUUUGGACCGCCGAGAGCGUACUGUUUUUGAAAUUUUGGCGAACUACCUUAAUGAGGAAAACCUUGCAGACUAUGAGCACUUUGUGAAGAUGAAAUCUGCCCUCAUCCUGGAACAACGAGAACUGGAAGACAAAAUAAAGUUGGGAGAAGAACAACUCAAAUGCCUAACUGAUAGUCUCACCACAGAACGUGUUAAAUAG